AGUAAAGAAAGUUAAAAAAUCGCGGACAACCGUUUCGAACUUUUGCAGAUUGAAAAAGUGUAAUUAAUACGAUUAAACUGGUUUUUAUGGGAAAAUAUUUUUAAAGCAACAAUUUUCUAAUAUUGAAAUUAUAAUAUAAAAUAAUUAAGAAAAUAGUGUGACAGUUUUACACAUAUUUUGGAAGUGUGGAAAUGAAAGAUUCAAUGACAAUAAUAACUCCUUCGCCAACAUCCGCUAGUGGUCAGCAGCAAAAAAUGUCUAAUUUAAAACCGAACCGUUCGCGUUUUAUGAUUAACGAUAUUCUAGCUGGUAGUGCCGCCGCUGCUGCUGCCGUUGAGGCAGCUAACGCAGCCAGUGUAGCGGCGGCUGCUGCAUUCUAUAAACAUCAACAACAACAACAUAUAAGCAACAACAAUCUCAGCGGUAACAGCAUUGGAGCUCCACUGUCGUAUACACAGCCUUCACAGCCACCACUGGAAUCUUCAAUGCAUGUGCAACAGCCUCCGCCACCACCACUAACACAUCACUCUGCACAUUUGCAACAUCAAUUGCAAAUACAUCAUUCCCGAACCCCACCAAAUACCCUUAUACCAUUGCAUACUCAAGCUCCCGUUAACGCUGCGGCAACCGCUGCAGCGGUUGCUCAUAAAAUUCAUUUUCCCGUCGGCACAACACAAAUUGGCUCAAAUGGCCUAAAUGUGGCACAAUAUGCAGCUGCCAUGCAACAACAUUACGCAAAUGCUGCUGCCGCCGUACGCGAACUUGAUAACAAUAGCGAUUACCAGGACAACGACGAUUGCGACAGUGAAGUCGGCAGUGGCGGCCACCUGGACGACAACAGUGUUUGUAGUAAUGGUGCUAAGGACGAGGACGGGAAUAGUGUCAAGAGUGGGUCUACUAAUGACACUCAUAGUUUAAGCAAAAAGCAGCGUAAAGCCCGCACUGCAUUUACGGAUCAUCAAUUGCAAACUCUUGAAAAAUCUUUUGAAAGGCAGAAGUAUUUAAGCGUGCAAGAGAGACAAGAGCUUGCUCACAAACUUGACCUAAGCGACUGUCAAGUUAAGACUUGGUAUCAAAAUCGUAGAACAAAAUGGAAACGUCAAACUGCGGUUGGUUUAGAGCUUCUAGCCGAAGCUGGAAAUUUCGCAGCUUUUCAACGACUCUAUGGCGGAACGCCCUAUUUGGGAGCAUGGUCCUAUCCAGGCUCACAGUCACCACACGGUGGCCCUGCCCCCUCGAGUAUUGAUUUGUACUACCGCCAAGCUGCAGCUGCAGCCGCAAUGCAAAAGCCACUUCCUUACAAUUUGUAUACAGGAGUUCCCAGCGUAGGACCACUUACAAGUGUGCCCGUAUCUGCCACGUCACCUUUCUCACAUCUCGCCGCUUCCAGUUCAUUAUCUUCAUUAAGCAGCUACUAUCAAAGCGCCUCAGCGGCAGCUAUGGCUGCUGUAGCUGGUACAUCUUCUGGUACUAAUUGUAUUGCUGUCGACAAGCCAAUCACUUCACCAUCAUUAGCGGUCAUAGCAACAGCAGCUGCACCCGGACCUCAAAGUAAUGUGACGAAUGAUCAGCGAUGCACAUCACAUUCUCCCACGCAGCAAUCGCCUUUAAGACAUUUUGAGAACGCUCGCUCUCCCAGUCCUACUCUUAAUCCAGGAAGCCCACCAGGCCGAUCAGGUGAUAAUUCGCAGCUCCAGUCUGACGAAGAGGAUCAAAUCCAAGUGUGAGUUUGAAAUUAGCCAAUGAUUAAACGUUAAAUACUUCUUCUUUUAUGAAUUCAUAUGCAUGUACAUAUAGUAUGUAUUAUAAGUACAUACAAUUCAUAAAAACAUAUAAUUUCAUUGUAGGUAAUUUUAGUAGGCCCAUACGUUGAGGUACAAUAUGUACAUAUACACAUGUCGGUCUCUAUUUUUUGGCAAUUUACUCUUGUAUUUUCGCUACUGUAAUAAGUUAAUCAAUUAUAUAUUCGCCAUUGCUGUUUACAAGCUAUUCCCACCUCUAGACCAUUUUGUUGAUGCCGUUCCGCCAAAAAUCGCUUGGGCUGGUGUCAAAGAAGUUGUUGAGCCAGUUUUUAAGGUCCUCUUUGUUAUCGAAGGUAACACCCUUCAUAUGGUUUGACAGGGAGCGGGAAAGAUGGUAAUCGGUCAGUUCAAGGACCGAAGAAUACGGCGAAUGCUGAAAUACCACCCAUUCGAGUUCUUGGAGUGCGGUUUUGACGACUUGUGCAACAGCCUGGCGUUGUCGUGAAGGAAUAUGGUUUGACCAUGUCGAUCAGGUCUUUUCAGUCGAAUAGCCUCAUUCACGCGGUUUAGCUGGGCUAUGCUGAGAAGGCGACUGCCUUUGUUUUUUCGUUCAUUCAUGUAAUUAGUUCAUCCAUAUUAACCAAUUGAAAAAAGUCUUUAUAACUACUCACCCUGGUCAUCGCGAAAUAUCCAUUAUACGAUCUUUGAUGGUCAAGUUGAAAAUAUUAUAGCGUGCGCAAGGAAUUACUUGAUUACCAAUCAGCUGCACCGUUCUUUAGUUUGGUGCGGACAAAUUUAAUUUUGGGUUUUUCGUGGCACCCGAUUCCAGCCCUAAUCAUAACGCUGCUUUUAUCGAUUCCGGAGUAUCUUCUAUUCUUUACGAAAGGCAUGCUAAUAAUUUUCAACCCAUCUGGACUACCUGAAUACUUUUUUGUAUCUUCCAAGUAAUACACUUCUCUCCAAUUCCAAUUCAGCCAUUUUGUGUGCUUGCAUUUUAACACCUUAGAUUUUUUAAAUGAGUAGGGUUUAUUCUUAAUACCGGCCUCAGCCGCGAUUCCACGAGCGGUCAUACAUGAGCCGUCUUCGAUUCGCCACUUCUUUGUUCAAUUGAUGAACAAAUUUUAUGUGGAGGCAACAACAAAGUCGAGUAAGAUUCACAACUCGCUACAUUCAAUGUUGCCAACUCUCUUUUCUGAUAUUAGCCAAGCUUCAUUAGGUCGCGCUCAUAAAGGUAACCUUUUGCUGCUUUAACUUUGCGAAUUCUCCUUUAGUGUUCCCCGUCGACAACACUAAGCGUGUUGACCGAGCACGAUAAACUCUGUAUACCUCUCCUUUCCUCGUCUUCAACUUUUCCCCGAGUGCUUUCAAACAAAUGUAGUUUUCAGGCACUCAUUUAUUUCAUCAGAGGAUCACUUUUUACCAAACCCAUGCCCGAUUUACAACUAAAAAUAUAUCACAUAAUUUAAACUUCAUUUUAUGAGUAACUUAACCAUUUUACGACGGCUAAUAUCACCGCUUUUUGCUUUCUAAAAUUCAACUGCUCGUGUAUGGUUCCAAAGAGUGGUAUAUUUUUUUCGAAUGAAUAGUUUCGUUUUUGCAUUACAGUUACAGUAGUUAAACGAUCAGUAAUAGCUGAAAAAUUUAAUAUGCUAGUGUUUUGGCGGAUCUUAUGUAUGUACUAUGUAUGGAAAAGCAUGUAAAAUUUCGUGUAAAUUUCGCACAGAAAAUGUGUACGAGUAUGAUACGAGUACUGAUUAGGGCAAAAUACGCUAAAAUCUCCUAUAGUGUUUUGAAACUUAAUUCUUAAGGAAAAAAAUUCUUUUUGUGUGAAUUUUCAAUAUUGAUAAAACUAAUAUAACAGUAAUGAUAUUUAUGUAAUAUAUUAAAUGUAUUUAAGAUUUAUAGCCAAGGCAAUAGUGAAAUAAGCGUAACUAAGUAUAAUAAUUGAAUAUUUAAAAUGUAUAAGAAGCCUUUCCAAUGUAAAGAUGUAUUUACUAUAUUUUUCAUUUUAUUUUAAUAUCUAAACUUAG